AUGCUUACGACGACGUCCAUUGCUGAAAACCCUCCGGCCUCCGGGAUGUCUCGGCCAUCGAUCGAACUCGUGCCGAUAACGUAUCCCUCCAGCGCGUCGAGGUCAUUGAAUGAGGAAGAUGUGUCCAAAGGAGUAACAGCGGCUGUGAUUACUUCCGUGACCUGUAUUACCGGCAUCUCGAGUCUUUUGGCGGGAAUCGUCACGGUGGCCAUGCCUAUGAUAGCCAAAGAUUUGGCCAUCCCGUCGAAUUUGCUGCUCUGGCCUGCCUCUGUGUAUGCACUGACAUGCGGUUGCACUCUGCUCGUCCUGGGGUCCAUUGCAGACGUGGUUGGGAGCCGAGUGAUGUAUCUCACAGGCUGUGUCCUCCAAAGCAUUUUUACCAUGGCGUGUGGGCUGGCGCGGGAUGGCCCAGAACUGAUCGGCUUUCGUGCCUUGGCCGGAAUUGCCAUCUCAUUCUGCCUGCCAUCCGCCGUCAGCAUUAUCACGAACACCUUUCCCCCGGGUCGAAGGCGGAACAUCUCGUUCGCCUCCAUGGGCGCUGGUCAACCCGUAGGAUUUUCUAUUGGGCUGGCUUUAGGUGGUGUCUUCAGUGACUCCAUCGGAUGGCGAUGGUGCUUUUACAUUGCUGCCAUCCUCAAUACUGCGAUCGUAGCCAUCGCUAUUUUCACCUUGCCGAAACCCCCAAACGAAAAUGAAUCGGUAACUUGGAGCCGCCUAAAAUCAGAGAUUGAUUGGGUCGGUGCUCUUAUCGCCAGUACUUCUCUGGCUUUGAUAAGUUACAUAUUUGCUGCAAUAACCGGAAGCGCUUCAAGCAUCCGAGAUCCAGUCAUAAUCACACUCUUUUGCAUUUCUUUGGCGUUGGUUCCAACAUUUAUCAUAUGGAUGUCACGCCAAGAACGUCUGGGACGUCCGGCCAUUAUCCCGAAUUCUCUCUGGCGCAACAAGCAUUUCACUUCUAUAUGUAUCGACGUCUUCCUCAUCUGGGGCGUCUUCAACGCGAUUGAGAACCUCCUAGCUUUCUUCUUCGAGUAUGUUCAACACCUCUCGGGAAGCCAGGCUUCGUUGCGAUUCCUUCCCGCUCCGAUAGGCGGAGCGUUGGCGAACAUUCUCAUCGGACUCAUUGUUCAUCGAGUACGCGCCGACUGGCUCGUGAUUGUGGCGUUGGCCAUCUCCAGCGUGACACCGUUGCUUCUCGCCAUCCAGGAUCCCUCAUGGUCGUAUUGGGCAGCUGUGGCUCCAGCUGUCUUUUUGAAUGCAGUUGGUGCCGAUACGCUAUUUACCAUAUCAAACCUCGUUAUUUCUUCCGCCUUCCCGUCGAAAACGCAAGCCCUUGCUGGAGGGGUUUUCAACACCAUUGCCCAGGUCGGAAAAUCCGUGGGACUGGCUACAUCGGCUGUGAUUGCCGGGAGUGUGACAGCCAAAUCUUCCUUUCCGGAUAAGAAUGGCGACAAGGCAUUGAUGGAAGGUUACCGGGCGACAUUUUGGUAUACUCUUGGACUAUCCCUUCUGUGUGUUGCCAUCAGCUUGUGGGGAUUGCGGAAUAUAGGGAAAGUGGGCCUCAAACGAGAGUAAUAUAGACAUGUUUGUUUUCCAUGCCAUGCAUCCCGAAAGUCCUCCAAAAUUGGUGUCAAGCGCAAUCGUAUCCGAGAGAAUGAAUGUAUAGUCAACCGGUAUCGCCUUUCAAAUACCUUAUGCAACAUCGAGGAGGGAAAGCUUUGUUCCUUGGAAUGCAACAUCAAUGGGAGAAGAGCUGAUUCGGAAUGACGGUGAUGUCAGUCAUCGUUCCAAUGGUCGCAACCGGAAGUUUACAACGGGUCAAGGCCUCUCAAUCUACAUUCCGACGUGGUUUGACAUUAGAUGGAUGUUCUGACAACUGAACGAGUCGAAGGAACGGUACAAAAAUCAAUUAAGCGACGAAACCUAACUCCGAACGAGUUUCAUCAUUUUGUUACUGGUAUUACAAAGAAACCGCCCCCUCCGGGGGGGGAAGAAAUUGAGUU